UGGGCACCGGGGGAGCGCGCCUGCGAAGCUCAGGCUCGCACGCACGCCGCCUCUGUUUGUACACAGUGCGCACCCGGCCGCCGGCUCGCUCCCCGCUAGCUCACGCUUCAUUGUUCUCCCAAGUCAGAAGCCCCGCAGCUGCGGCGGCGAGAGCGGAGCAAGCCGAGCGCACCGUCUGCGGGUCCACAGACGCGGGUGACCCGAAGCCGCCGCGGGAGCCCGCGCCCCGCCCCGCCCCGCCCGCCGCGCCUCAGCCGGGACCCACCCGCCGCGGAGGCUGAGCCCGGCGGCGGCUCCUCAGAGCUCGUCCACCUUCUCGCCGCCGGAGCGCUGGCAAAAGGGGAAGAAAGAUUCCUCUCUUUGGCCACCACUCUUCCUCGCGUCCGCCAAGAAUUUGUUUAAGGUAGUGCUGCGGCCCGAAGACAUCUUUUUGAAUUCUCGGGCAGGGGCGGGGUCUGCCGCUGCCCUGCGGUGCCACCUCAGCGACGCUGCCCUCUGGAACGACCCCUGACCAGCCGGGGUCACGUUCGGGAGACAGAACCAUGAAGCGCUCGGCGGCCGCUUGGCUCUUGAUCGGGCUCAGCCUCGGUGUCCCCCAGUUCUGCAAAGGUGAUAUUUGUGAUCCCAAUCCAUGUGAAAAUGGAGGUGUGUGUUUGUCAGGAUUAUCUGACAAUUCCUUUUCCUGUGAGUGUCCAGAUGGCUUCACAGAUCCCAACUGUUCUAGUGUUGUGGAGGUUGCAUCAGAUGAAGAAGAGCCAACUUCUGCAGGUCCCUGCAUCCCUAAUCCGUGCCAUAAUGGAGGAACCUGUGAAAUAAGUGAAGCGUACCGAGGGGACACAUUCAUAGGUUACGUCUGUAAAUGUCCUCGAGGAUUUAAUGGGAUUCACUGUCAGCACAACAUAAAUGAAUGUGAAGCUGAACCUUGCAAAAAUGGUGGCAUAUGUACAGACCUUGUUGCUAACUAUUCCUGUGAGUGCCCAGGUGAAUUCAUGGGAAGAAAUUGUCAAUACAAGUGCUCGGGCCCAUUGGGAAUUGAAGGUGGAAUCAUAUCAAAUCAGCAAAUCACAGCUUCCUCUACCCACCGAGCUCUCUUCGGACUCCAGAAGUGGUAUCCCUACUAUGCGCGUCUCAAUAAGAAGGGGCUUAUCAAUGCAUGGACAGCUGCAGAAAAUGACCGAUGGCCAUGGAUUCAGAUAAAUUUACAAAGAAAAAUGAGAGUUACUGGUGUGAUUACUCAAGGAGCUAAAAGGAUUGGAAGUCCAGAGUAUAUAAAAUCCUACAAAAUUGCAUAUAGUAAUGAUGGAAAAACUUGGACGAUGUACAAAGUAAAAGGCACCAAUGAAGACAUGGUGUUUCGUGGAAAUGUUGAUAACAACACACCCUAUGCCAACUCUUUCACACCCCCGAUAAAAGCUCAGUAUGUAAGACUCUAUCCACAAGUUUGUCGAAGACACUGCACUUUGAGAAUGGAACUUCUUGGAUGUGAACUGUCGGGCUGUUCGGAGCCUCUGGGGAUGAAGUCAGGACAUAUACAAGACUAUCAGAUCACUGCCUCGAGCAUCUUCAGGACUCUCAACAUGGACAUGUUCACUUGGGAACCAAGGAAAGCUCGGCUGGACAAACAGGGCAAAGUGAAUGCUUGGACCUCCGGCCACAAUGACCAGUCACAAUGGUUACAGGUGGACCUUCUGGUCCCUACCAAAGUAACUGGCAUCAUUACACAAGGAGCUAAAGAUUUUGGUCAUGUACAGUUCGUAGGCUCCUACAAACUAGCUUACAGCAAUGAUGGAGAACACUGGACUGUAUACCAGGAUGAAAAGCAAAGAAAAGAUAAGGUUUUCCAGGGCAAUUUUGACAAUGAUACCCACAGGAAAAACGUCAUCGACCCUCCCAUCUAUGCACGGCACAUCAGAAUCCUCCCUUGGUCCUGGUACGGGAGGAUCACGCUACGCUCAGAGCUGCUGGGUUGUACAGAGGAAGAGUGAGGAGCGUCCAUGCCCCACGGUCCUCCUCUCUGUCUCCCUGAAAGUAUCUCCAUGGAAUGAACUGGGCAAACUCUGUAGGAAACUGAAUGGGAUUUUUCAUGAAAAAGUGCUCAAAUUAUGGUAGGCCACUGUCUUUUUAAGGAGGUCUAAGCCUGCCUUUUCAUUGGUUUAAUUUGAUUUUUAUUGUUUAAAUUGCUUAAGCCACAUCACAUUAACUUGUGAAUUACGUCCAUCAUUGUUUUCUGAAUUAUUCACAAUGGUUGGAAUAUAUUAAGGGAAGAAGUAGCACUCUUUUGAUAGCAAGGAUAAAAAAACUCAUAGUUAUCAAAUUAAAGCAAGAGUUGAUAGAGCUUUUAUAAUCAAUACUCAGCUAAUUCUUAUAAAAGGAACACUGCAAUGUUAGCAAUAAGGUUUUUUUUCUUCUCUAAUAACUCUACGUGAUCCUAAUUAUUUCCCCUGUGCCUCCCAAUCACUGUCAGUGUUUAUAACAGCAUUUUGAAGAAUCUGUUACAUGCAGUACUAAUUGAUAUUAUAAUUCUCAUUUUACUUUCAUUAUUUCUAAUCAAAUAUAUCAUAUAAUCUUUUUCUUUUCAUUCUAUUCUAUAUUCUUUAUAUUGUAUGUCAACUGAAUAAGUCCAUAUUUUUUUCUAAAUGAGUUUUUCCUGUUAUUUGCCUAAAAGUUUCAUGUUUAUGUGUGUGUGUGUAUGUAUACAUAUAUAGGUAUACAUAUAUAUGGAACAUGAUUGCCUGUCAGUAGAUUGAUCAUAUUUAAUAUCAGUAGAUUGAAUCUGAAAUUCUAUUUUUGAAGGAAGCUAUAACUAUGUAAUUUCCAAAUACUUCCUUGAUGAAAAACCCAAUACUACCAUUUUGCAAGAUAAACAACAACAAAAUAGCAUUAUGUCCCUUUAAACCGGAAUUUUAAACUUUAUUUUGAUGGUAUUUACAUAGCCUUAUCUUUACUUUAAAAUAGCAGAAUAAUGAAUUCUGUGUUUGUCCACUUAAAAUCUUUUUAGCAAACAAAUAUUAACACAGUGCUGCAGAGUCUGGCCAAGCGUACUCAUCAUCUCUUUGUUCAUCUCUGCAUUUCCUGUGAAACUAGAAUUUGACUGAGACUUGAAUGAAACUGGUGGCAAUUUCCUAGGAAAGCACAUUGUGUAGUUAUUUGAGAAAAGUAUUUACUAAUGACAAUGUAGUACAUCAUUUUAAGAUGGAAAUUGAUUUCUGUUUAUUUUGCUUCGGAGGUCCUGAAAAAAUAAACAAUUGUCAUAACAAUUUGUUAUUGAUAAUGGAGGUUUCAUUGACAUGUCUCUCAAAUUAAAGCUCACACUGCCUCCAUAAUAGUCCUCAGCAUCUAAUUUAUAAGCUUUACAAGUAUUUGUUUUAUAAGGCUUAGACACAGAAUUAUUGGAGUUUUAAAUUAAGGGUCCUGGAAAAGAAAGUAUGGUAUGUGUACAAAAUGUUAAGGUCCUGUGCUACACUGAGAAGUCUUUUUUUCCCCCCUAUUAUUUGUGCUGCAUAACAAAAGCCACUAGACUGUUAUUGUCUUGUCUGUCCAUGUGUUAACCGCAUUUCUUAAUGAUGUAUAUAUGGAGUGGGUCUUCAAGCAUAGUGAAGAAUUUAAAGGGAAAGUCAAUCAUAAUGGUGUUUUUAAUAAGAGCAGAAUUAAGACUGGCUGGCCACACAUUUGUCCUAUGUCCACAGGCUUUCUACUUCAGGUCCUUAUGAAAUUGUUGAUCUGAAGCAUCUGAAAUGAUCAUUUUUCGGCAUCUUUAACAACUUUGUUAGGUCCUCAAUAUUGCCUUUUCAGACAACUUUAAAAUUAGGAAUUAAAUCUUUUUAAUUUCCUUAAUGUUUAAGUCAUAUUACAAAUAAUUACUUAGAUCCAAAAAUAGACACACUUACUGUCUAGCCAAUGCCUUUUAUUUUUUUAAACAUCUACUGUCCCACCAAAUUUCUAGCCGUUUUCCUUUACAGACUAUGCACGAUUCUUCAUUCUAAACAGAGUAUGUUUUAGAAAUUAUGAGUCAUGCUUUGUAAUGAUUUACUUUCUCAAAAUUAUUCCUGGCUUCUUGUGAUGUUCUGAAUUUUAUUUUAUUUAUAGUUUUUUAAACAAAUAUUUUCAAAGGGAGUUUGUUAAACUUAUACUCCUUAUUUUUUAGAAAUGCACUGAAAUGGCUUUCUCUUGCUUGCGCAUUUUCUCUCUGCUCUCUAUGCACUUCACCAACGUGGCACGACCAACAGGAUAUGUUUGUCCCAUGAUGCCUCAAAUUCAUGACAACAGAGGGAUUCCCACAUGUGUUGAUGUUAACAAUUCCUAUGAAGUAGUAUGUAGCUUUUGUGUCAUUGUUUCAAUGACACCAAAGGGAAACAAAUUUAUUCUACUUAAAUUCACACUGAAACAAGUUAAAUCUUAGAAGAAGAAUACACAGAAAAGUCACCUAGUCUUCACUAUAUGGAGUAGCGAUGAUAUACUAAUUUUGUAAUCUAUGAAAUUAACAAACAUCUCUGUUUUAUCUAUGUCCUGUUGAAAGCACUUAUCAUAGUCACUAAUUCUAAUUUCAGGGUUGACUUUCUCUUUCUGAAUGGCUUCAAAGGAUUGGUGUGAACUUUGAAGACUUAGGGUACUAAUGAUUGUAUCUUUGCUAGUCAGCAAAUUAUGAAACAUAAUACUCCCUACUGGCGUCUGAUGUGUCAGUAAGUACAGAAGUUACUAAGACACAAAUAACCUUUGCAAACUUUCAAGCUGUGUAAUAUUCCAAUGUUGGUUUUUUCCUUUGUAUAUAUACUUAAAUCAUGUAGGAUGUUGUAAAAUUAGUAUGACCUUGUCUAGUCUUCAAACUUCAAAUAAAACUUUUGAAAAUCUGG